AUGUUACUUUGUAUUGCUGCGUUUUUUGCUCUUCUCUUUUCUGACCUAUCAAUUGCCGGUCCUCAACACGGGCACAUCAUCAAGCCGUACGAGGAUUUGCAGGCCUGUCUUGCUAGAAAAGCUGUUCCGACAAGUCUCAAUUCCUCCUCAGAUUGGAUUUCACUCACCACCGCAUACAAUCUUCGGCUUCAAUACACUCCUGAUGCUGUCGCAUUACCGACUUCACACCAGCAAGUCUCAGACUCUGUCCUGUGCGCAGCGACAGCUGGAGUGAAGGUUAAAGCAAGGUCAGGAGGUCAUUCAUAUGGCAGUUUCUCACUCGGUGGCAAGAACAAUAGUCUUGUCGUGGAUCUGCGUAAUUUCAACAACGUGUCACUAGAUACAUCGACUGGAAUCGCAACUGUAGGUGGAGGUGUUCGGCUCGGCAAUCUAGGACUUGGAAUUUUCGAGCAAGGCCGCCGCGCUCUGCCUCACGGUACCUUUCCUGGCGUCGGAAUUGGAGGUCACUAUACACACGGUGGCUUUGGGUACUCAUCCCGUCGCUGGGGCCUCGCACUCGAUACAAUCGUUGCCAUGGACGUAGUCCUUGCAGAUGGCCGCUACAUUCAUGUUACGCGUACGGCCAACCCGGAUCUAUAUUAUGCUUUGCGAGGGGCUGCGGACAGCGUCGGCAUCAUUACCACGUUUUAUCUACAAACGCAACCGGCUCCUGCCCAAGUUGUCAGCUACUCGUCAAACUUUUCGUCGUCUCUUCGUUCACCCGACUCGGCAGCGGCGAUUGUUCUUAAGCUGCAGGACUUUGUCACCUCUUCACCACUCGUAGAUCGUAACCUCACCCUAGAAAUCUACAUAAGCGUCUUCGGCGAGUACAGCGUUCGAGGUUGGUAUUUUGGAGACCAGGAAUACUUUUCUGAGACCAUCCUACCCGAAAUGCUGAGCGGGAUACCGGUACCAGACAAUACAACAGUCCAAACUGCCACCUGGCUGACCGCGUUGGAAGAGAUUGCCGAGGACGAACCGCUAAAGGAGCCACUUACUGGCUACGACAAUCACGAGACUUUCUAUACCAAAUCUGUGGUCACUAGAGAGGCUAAACCACUAACCAAGACUGCAUUGGAAAGUUUCUUCACCUAUAUUGUGGAUAAAGGCUUGACAACAUCAAAUCCUUGGAACACAUUCAUCUCCCUCUAUGGGGGAAGAGAUAGUCAAAUCAAUGCUCCCUCAACAGACUCUGCUGCUUACUCUCACCGCGACUCCUUGUGGGUCUUCCAGAAUGUUGGCGCGAGCCCGAAUAUGCUACCGCCAUUCUCGCCAGAGAUUACCGCCUUCGUCAAUGGGCUCAACUCAGCUCUUACUGAUGCGCAGCCUGACGGCGACUUCCUUGCGUAUCCAAGCUAUCUGGACCCGGCGCUUACGCCUACAGAGGCCGCACGAUUGUACUACGGAGUUUCCGCUUACAACAGAGUCGCAAAGAUAAAGGCUAAGGUUGAUCCAAAAGCUGUGUUUUGGAACCCACAGGCUGUUGGGAACGCUGUCUUGUAA